CAGAAGUGGCAGUACAUUUGAAGGUGGAGUAAACAAUUUAGACUGGAGGAAGACAGUCUUCUUAAACAAGUCAUUCUGCUGAUUGUUUUCGUGUGGCCACACUUUAAAGGCUUGGCAGAGAAACUUAAUUCCUUUUGCAUGCAGUUUCUGCUCUUAACGACUUAAACAGAAAAGAUGGACUACCAGGAACAGGUUGAAAAUGUUAUAUCCAGUGCGCAGCUUGGAGAUUUAAUCGAGUUCUCGUAUCCCAUUGGCUACUCACACUGGGGUGUGUACGAGGGAGAUGGAUACGUUCUGCACUUUGCUGUUGCUGAUGAAAGCAAGGUGAUGAGUAGAUUUCGGGGAUUUCUGCAGACCAUCUUCCCUGCUUGUGGUGAUCUUCUGCUGGGAGAAACUAAGAUACGGCGUCAGCUCCUGGCAGAAGUGAAUGUACCUAAAGGAGCGCGUGUUUCAGUGAGCAAUAGCCUGCACGAUCUACAACCUUCACCUCCGGAUGAAAUCAGAAGAAGGCUAAAUGGCUUAGUGGACAAGGAGUUCACUUACAAACUCCUCACAUUUAAUUGUGAACACUUUGCCACGUUUGUUCGGUCUGGAAAAGCUGUGUGCAAUCAGAUUCCAGGAAAAGAAAAAGACAAUGAAUGUGUGGAAGCUACACAGCUAUUUAGUCUCUUUGUGCCAGCAUGCUGACCUACUGAAUGCCAAAGUAGAGAUUGCUACAAAAAUAAUUUGUGUUUUAUAGUAAAUAUUUUACCACACCA